AGCGUGUUGUUGAGCACGUGAGACGUGCCUUUAUCAGAAUUUGUUAAGAAAAAAACAAUUUGCUUAUAACUGAAACUUACGACGGUUUGAAUGUCUUUCUACAACUUUAAAUCAAAGCAACUGCUAAAUAAUUCAUUCAUCUCCGUACAUGCUUAAAUGGAAAAACCAUACCCGUAGAACAACCUGGCGUUUAAAUCUUUGCGCAAAGACGUAUAGCUAGCUGAUCGACAACUGCUGUUCCCAAGUGCGCGCGCCAACCUCUCAGCCAUCUCUGACGCACUCAGCACGACUCGUAUAAAUGAAUUCACUUCGUCACCGGGCGCCAAUGAUAGCAGUGUGCAGCACUUCCUGAGACCAGAGACCGCCAUGCGUCUUCGGAGCUGCGAGGUGACGCUGGACACCCAGACUGGGGUACGGGACUGUUUGUGAAUACCGUGAGCGCUCUCGCCAUGGAGAGUUUCAACAACACCACAGACACUCAAGAAUCGAACGGGAACACGACGAUAGUAAGUGAAGUUACUCUGAGUUACCAAAUAGUCGCAUCGCUUUUCCUGGCUGCGUUAAUUCUGUUUGCCAUACUGGGAAACGCGUGCGUAAUUGCUGCCAUCACCUUGGAGAGAUCGCUUCAGAAUGUGGCUAACUAUCUCAUCGGCUCCUUGGCCGUCACGGACCUCAUGGUGUCGGUGCUGGUGCUACCCAUGGCGGCCCUGUAUCAGGUUUUGAACAAAUGGACAUUGGGACAGGAGAUGUGCGAUCUGUUUAUCUCUCUAGACGUGUUGUGUUGCACAUCUUCCAUUCUGCACCUGUGCGCAAUCGCUUUGGACAGGUACUGGGCCAUCACUGAUCCCAUAGACUAUGUAAAUAAAAGGACCCCCAAAAGGGCAGCUAUCCUGAUCAGCCUCACCUGGCUCAUAGGAUUUUCCAUCUCCAUUCCGCCCAUGUUGGGUUGGAGGAAACCCGAGGACCGGGCAGAUCCAGACGCGUGCACUAUCAGCCAAGACCACGGGUACACCAUCUACUCAACUUUUGGAGCUUUUUACAUCCCCCUCAUUCUCAUGUUGGUACUCUACGGAAGGAUAUUCAAAGCGGCGAGGUUUCGAAUAAGGAAAACGGUGAAGAAACCCGAGAAAGCAAAAAUAGCAGACAGAUGCCUUAGCGUUUCUCCGUCGUUGUUUGCGAAGAGGGCGAACGGCGAGGUGAACAAAAACUGGAGGCGCAGCGUGGAGCCGCAGCCCAGCCUGUGCGUAAACGGAGCGCUGAAACACGUCGAGGACGGAGAAUCGUUUGAGAUUACAGAAGUCCAAAGCAUCUCCAGAAACCACCUUGCCCUGCCAAACAACCCGCAGCCAUGCUUCGAGAACAGACAUGAAAGAAACACGGACGCGAAGCGUAAAGUUGCUCUCUCCAGAGAGCGCAAAACUGUAAAGACUUUGGGAAUCAUUAUGGGCACCUUUAUUUUCUGCUGGCUGCCCUUUUUCAUAGUGGCGCUUGUUUUGCCUUUCUGUGACGACUGCUUUAUGCCGGAUUGGCUGAGGUCAGUCAUCAAUUGGCUCGGAUACUCCAACUCACUGUUGAAUCCUGUUAUAUACGCGUACUUUAAUAAAGACUUUCAAAAUGCGUUUAAGAAAAUCUUGAAAUGCAAAUGUAUCAGACAAUGAACUUACAGCGAGGAACUGCAACAUCUCGUCUCAUCAAAAGUUGUUUUAUUUGAACAAAGCUAUUUAACGGAUGCUAAUAUCCAGAUAUUGAUUGUUAAAUAACAAUUGUUAAAUUAUAAUGACCGAGUGCCAUUCAUACGAAAGGACAUAAAAGGGCAGUACAGCACAAGAAGAGGUAGAGCUCUGUCCUUGUCUAUAUGUUUAUCUGUGAAGUUUUUUUGCUUCCAGCACAAACUGCAUACAGUAUAUCACUGGACUGAUUCAGAUGACAGAUAACUGUCAGACCACAAUUAAAACAAAAAGUCUGCGUUGUUGCAUUCAACAAUAAAGCUCUUA